GACAAAAAAAACAACAACAACAAUCACAUGAUAGAGCAAAGAUGGCGUCCUACGAUGAUGAUGAGAACUUUGGUAACAGUGGUAGUUACAGUGUGGUUGGUUCUUUUCCAAAAGAAUUUGGUUAUUCAGAAGAUCGAGAAGACCUAAAUAGUCAUACAGAUGAACAAAAACCAAAAAUUCUCCUCAUGGGAUUACGCAGGAGUGGAAAAUCAUCGAUAUUAAAAGUUGUUUUUCAUAAAAUGUCACCAAAUGAAACAUUGUUUCUUGAAAGCACCAAUAAAAUUGUCAAAGAUGAUAUCUCAAAUAGUUCUUUUGUUCAAUUUAGGAUAUGGGACUUUCCUGGACAAAUAGAUUUUUUCGGUCAUGAUUUUGACUCGGAUCAAAUUUUCAGUGGUUGUGGAUCACUUGUGUUUGUGAUUGAUGCACAGGAUGACUACAUGGACGCACUCACUAAACUUCAUCAAACGGUUACACGAGCAUACAAAGUAAAUCCUAAUAUAAAAUUUGAAGUGUUUAUUCACAAAGUGGAUGGGUUGACAGAUGAUCACAAAAUAGAAACACAGCGUGAUAUCCAUCAAAGAGCAACAGGCGAAUUGGAAGAUGCGGGCUUAGAGAACCUACAACUGAGUUUUUAUCUGACAAGUAUUUAUGAUCAUUCAGUAUUUGAGGCUUUCAGCAAAGUUGUACAGAAAUUAAUCGUCCAAUUACCAACUCUGGAAAACUUAUUAAAUAUUUUGAUUCAGCAUUCUGGAAUUGAAAAAGCCUUCUUGUUUGAUGUUGUCUCCAAAAUAUACAUUGCAACGGAUAGUGCACCAGUUGAUAUGCAGUCAUAUGAACUGUGUUGUGAUAUGAUAGAUGUUGUAAUUGAUAUAUCAUGUAUAUAUGGAAUGCGAGACAACGGCGACGCCAAUGCUUACGACACAGAAUCAGCGUCUGUUAUACGUUUAAAUAAUUCAACCGUGUGCUAUCUUCGAGAAGUUAAUAGAUAUUUAGCAUUGGUUUGCAUCCUGAGAGAAGAAAACUUUUGCAAACAUGGUUUAAUCGAUUAUAAUUUUCACUGUUUCCGACAAGCUAUACAAGAAGUGUUCGAAAUACGUCAGCAGUCACGUGACGCAGCCUCCUCAAGAAACGGCACUGUAAGGUCUUCUUCACUAAAAGGAGAAGCUGUUGUGGUGUAAUGCAGUCCAGCUGUAUAAAAAAUUAUAGUAAUUUUUUUUGAAAAUAUUUUCUUAAAAUAUAAUUAUUUGUACAGGCUGGCUAUUUCAUCCGAAAUUUUAGGAACAUUUCCAAGAGUUUUAGUAAGAAUGAAUUUUCAAAAAUUUUAGUUGAUUACGUGUCGAAAAUUUAAAAAAGAGGAACGGUAAGGUGCCAUCACAAAAUGUAGCCAUCUUUCUUGACGUCAUAAGUUGCACUUUGUCAUAUUUUCUAAAAUGUAUUAUAUUAACUAAAUGAAAAGAAUUAAACAUAGAAA